CCCGUGGUCGAUUGACAGCACCGCGCCUCUCGUAAGCAGCAAUUAACACUCCCGCAAUCCGCCUGUCAGUUCCUGACCUCUGGAUUGCAUUUCGUUCUUUCUUGCUACCAAACAUCCCCACCAUCCUCACAAAACGGCAUCGCACAACUAUCAGACAGUUGUUUGACCCUCUUCAAAGCCACUUGACCAGAGAUCGAACCAACCGGCGCUACACAAAGGACUUCCGCACACCCCCUCGAACGCAAAACCCACUCCAAACCCCUCACACCACAAAAAAAAAAUGGAAGCCGAUUACCUCCGCCGCACCAUCUCCCCCCACCUCACAACCGCCCUCACCCACCUGCUCACCCACAUCCAGUCCACGUCCCCCUUCACCUACCCGCUCACAACGCCCAGCACCACGCCCGACCCCAUCUCCUUCCUCGCGGACUACCUCCUCCACAUCGACGCCUCCAGCCACACCAUCGCAGCCGACCACGCCCGCCGCGCCGAACUAGAUGCCAUAGCGAAUGAAGUGAAUACCGCGCAGGCUGCUGAACGGAAACAGAGGGAGUUGUUGGAGGAGGAGUUGAGGGUUAGGGCAAAGGAGGUUAGGGAUAAGGAGUUGGAGGAGGAGAGGGUUCAGAGGGAGGAGGUGGAGAAGCGGGAGAGGGAGGUCGCGAGGGUGGAGGAGGAGAAGAGAGUGGAGGAGGAGAAGAGAAGAGCGAGAGAGAGGGAGGAGGAGAUCAGGCUGGCUGCUGCUGAUACGAUUGUGGAGGAGGAGGAGGAGGAGGGUGAUGCAGGUGAGGAGGGUGGUAAUGAGAAGAUUUAGGAAGAGAUAGAUAGAUAGCGUUCGUCGGGUAUCUAGUCAGUUUGCGGCACUCAUAAUGGUAGUGGGUGAAUUGUGAUAGCUGGGAGAUAUCGUAGACACUUCAGCCUAGGUAAUCAUAGCACUAGGAGAUAUCAGAAGGGAAUAACCGAGGGAAUAUAAUCCCACCUGUAUUUUCAGGAACAUUUUCGCAGACCGG